AAACAUGAAGAAUUUGAAAACUGUUGAGAAUUUCACUGGAUUUCCCAUUAUUAGCUCAAACAGGCUUUUGCUUGAUCAUGGUAGACAGAAUCAUAUAUAUGCAGUGAUAAAUAGAACGAAAAGACCAGCAGAAAAGGAAGCAAAUAGCAUUCUAGAGCAUGUAAAACUAGGAUCCAAUAUCACCACAAUAUUGAAGGGGAAGUUGAGCUUAGGAGCCAAAAUUAUCCAAAAUGGUGGAGUGGGUAAGAUCUUCAAGCAAAAGUUCAAUGUAGGAAGUGGAGAGAAGAUCUUGAAGGCUUCUCAAUGUUAUAUAUCCACAACUGUCGGUCCAAUAGCUGGUUUGCUAUUCAUUACAACUCACAGAAUUGCCUUUUAUAGUGAAAGAUCCCUUAAACUCCAGUCCUCAAGUGGAAUGUCAGCCAGAGUCCAUUAUAAGGUAUCGAUACCUUUGGAGAAGAUAAGGGGCACGAUCUUGAGCCAAAACGAGAAGAGGACAUCGCAGAAGUACAUUGAACUUGCUACUGUGGAUAACUUUGAUUUCUGGUUUAUGGGAUUUCUCAAUUAUCAGAAAACCUACACUUGCAUUCUAAAAGCUAUUUCUCUACCUCAAUUCUUUCAACUCACCCAGAAGUGAUGAUCAGAAGAUCAUUUUUAGUUGUAGAUUUUUUCUUCUCAUAAACAAGAUUAUAAUGUACAGUACCAAGAAAGUUUAUAUGUGCAUCUUUGUAAAAAUCUUAUCAUUAACUAAUGAUAAGCAUUCUAAUGAAAAGUUAAGACAAAUUAAAUUUUCAGGAAUUUUAAGUUA